AGAAAUCUGAAUACGUGCAAUUUCAUUGACGCAAUUCAUACACGAGCACGAAACGAACAAAAAUUGAACACUUUAAUUUUCAAUUCUCAUUCAUUCAGUCAAACUCAGUGAUCAUUAGCAGGACUUCAGCAGCCAGAAGCAGGAAGUUUAUUCAUCGGAUAUUACGUUGCACUUAUUUUCAAGGAUAAAACUCAAUUAAAAGUUACAGACUUGACAUGGCUUCAGGAAGUCGUCCAAUUCUCAUUUACGACGACAAAAUUUCUCGUGACGUUGCCGAAGGCGAAGCUGAGGGGGCCAGAGAGAUUUUUGAAUCUGCAAAAAUCUUAAGUUUUUCUGGAGAGCAGACAACUGAUCUAGUCUACCUCUGCGGAAACUACGACGAGUUCGUUAACAACGAAAAAGUUACCGAUUUUAUUUUGGACAACGUUCUCAAAGUUUCUGGAAAGUUUACACUAAAAUGCGCUUCUGCUAAUGGGGAUUCCUCUGCCAAGUUGGUAAAACAUUUACGAUACAGUGGAUUUGUAAAGGUGGAACUGAAAUCUGAUCAAUUGAUUACUGCGGAAAAAGAUAAGCGAGAGGUUAAUGAAGUCAAACCAGUGUCUUUUGUCCAAGGCAAGGAUACAUCAAACAGUGCGUGGAAGAUAUCUGCCAACGAUGACGAAGAUUUUAUUGAUGAAGACGCCUUGUUGGACGAAGACGACUUGAAGAAACCAGAUCCUUCGUCUCUCAAAGUGUGCGGAACGACUGGAAAACGAAAGGCCUGUAAGGAUUGCAGCUGUGGAUUGGCGGAAGAGCUGUCAGGGGCACAAAACAAUGGUCCAGCGGUCAAGUCAUCGUGUGGAAACUGCUAUUUGGGAGAUGCAUUUCGUUGUGGAUCUUGCCCAUAUGCGGGCACACCCCCAUUUAAGCCCGGAGAGAAGGUUCAACUGUCAAUGACGUCUGAUUUGUAAUUUCUGCAGCGGCGGCGUUCUGCAAAAAUUUUUAGUGCCACAAAGCAACGAACAAUAAGCCUCGCAUCCACUUUACUUUAAAUAUGAAUUAGCUACGUUAAGAGAGCAUUUGACAUUUCCCCUAAAUUUUAGUGUCCAAUUUUUCAUUGUUGAUUAAAAUAAAGUCACAUUAUUAAAACCACUACUAAUGCUAGAUGAAGAUAAUAA